AUGUUGAUCUGUGGCGGUCUGCAAAUCGCAGAUCCUAUAAGCAAGAGGAAGAUGUCAUUCCAAGAGCUUAUAUUAGGGGGAUGUUUUACUGACACUCAGUAUGAGCUGAAGUUCAAGGUUAAAGCCGAAGGUAAAAUCCUUUGUGAGAAAUAUCUAACGAAAGAUGAAGUUGAAGUUUUCAGAUAUGCUGUCAGAAAAAAAUUUGAAUACCAAAUGUACUAUUCCAACAUUCUCGUCAAGGGCCCUUUGGGAAGAGUAGUUGAAGAAAAUGGCCACACUCGGUAUUAUCUUUUCAAGCACAUCAACUUUUAUCCCCUGUACUCUGGAAAAGAAGUGAAAGCCAUAGAUAUUUCAAGUAAAGACGAUGUUGAUUCCGCUGUGGAUAUAACAGAAGAUGCUGGAAUUUGGGUCAGCUUCACUUACUCAGUCUUCUGGGAUGAAUUUGAAGAGAAUCAGGAUAUUCAGGGUCAGCAAUAUUACGUCUACCGGGAAGAAUGCAAGUUAGAUAGGUUUCGGAGGCGUAAACAAGAUCAUGGAUUCAGGGAUGAUGUUGACAUAGCAUUGUAUCUCUGCAUUAUCAUUGCUAUUUGGUUUGGUUUGCUUCUUGUGGUAACUUGGGCAUUACUUAGGAACUCUUUCAAACGAUGUCCUCCAAAUUCGUCCUUACUUGGCGCCUUUCUGGGCAAUGGAACUCAGCUAUUGAUUAUGUAA